UGCGCUUUAUGCUCUAUACGGCGCCGCUGCUCAUGGCUGCCUGCUGCUCACGGCGUGUACAUUACAUGUGGUUCAAAGCGUCCUGUCCGUUUGUAGCCUGUCCCUAGCCCUGUAUAACCACCGACGGCCCUCCACCAUGUCUAAAGCAUCCGUCUGGCAUCCGUACAAUGUCGAGCCAGCCGAAGAGGACGAAGAUGAGGUCGACGACACGCAAGAAAUCCAGAUCGAGGAAGCGUUGAAGCUCUACCAGACCGCCCUGAAGUACCACUCUGAAGGCCCCCCAUCGUUCGACAAAACUGCUACGGCCUACAAAGCUCUCUUCGAAUCCGAAAUAUUCAAGUACACCGAAUCCCUCUCCGAAUACCACCGCCAUGAGGUCUUCGGCGAGACACUGGUGUUCGACUCUAUUCUUGAGGAUGACUUCGAAGCGGGCCCAGCGCAAGCCGCAGGCGCCGCAGACAGCGCUCCGAACACACUUCCGCAGAUACUCCACCUGUCAUACAAGAACCAUGGCCAGUUUUUGCUCGAGUCGAUGCAUUACUGGGUCAGCCAACAUGGCACAUUACCCCAGAGCGAAGGGUGGAAUAACCUUCGUGGUGCCCUAAACUACUUCGCCGAAGCUCUGGACAAGGAGGACACAGAUCUCGACCUAUGGCUACGGGCUGCAUCAGUUGCAGCUAUGUUGGGCAGUAAGCGGCUGACUCGUUAUUGCCUGGAGGCUGUAUUGGACGGUAACGACGAACAGUGGGAGAGUCUGUUACAGCUCCCCGGUCUCGAGGAGGGCUUUGCUGGACAACAACUGCGAGACCUAGUAGAACGUCUUGAGGACAACGUCUCGCUGAUGCAGUCGCCGCUGUCGUCUAUGAAGCGGAAGAAGCUCUCCGAAGCACUAAAGACACGCCUCAACCCUGUUCCGUUCGCCCCUCUUCCAGCCGAUGUUGCUCAUGUCGAUAAUCGACAGGCGCUCCAAGCCCCUCCGGAGAAUGUCAUCUUAACGCCAGCAAGAUGGGAUUGGGCCGGUGUUGGAGAGAUAAUUCUACAGCAAUUCAUGGCAGAACAGCGUGGUAUGACCAACAAUGUGGCGCCUGGAUCGAGCAUAAAAUUCGCGAUACCACUCGACACCGACACCCCCGAGCGUAUUGUACCCAAGCUUGCGCCCCAUGCAGAAAAGCCUACAGCUGAAUCGACCGACCAAUCUGACCCAACCCAGAGUGAGGCACAAGUUCCUUCCGUGACUGAGCCCGACACAGUAGAAAAAGAUGGUGAAGUCACUGUCAUGGAAGAGCACGAGAGCAUCUCAAUAGUCAAAGAUGAGGAAGUUGGACCUGCUACAAGUCUAGAGACUACACAAACUGUAUCGCGGAAACGUUCUACCGAUUCUGCUGGUCUUCCCGAAACUGCUGAAGGGGGCCGAUCUCGUAGUAAACGUAUCCGAGGGCGCGACACAGUGACCGAAUCAAGCGCUAGUGGCGGCAACGCCGCACAAGUCGCAAACAAGCAACUGGAGGAGCAGCUUGAACCUUACACUCACGCCGACCAAUGCCUAUACGAAAUUGUUAAGGACAUCUAUGCACGAUUAGGCGUUGAGGGGAUCAAGGAGCCGGCGAUGCUGCGUAGCCUAGUCACAGCGCUGCCCGAAACUUCAUCCACACAUACUAUUGACAAAACCGCGUGCGAUAUGUACACGGCUCUUCAGAGUGGGAACGGCAAGGCUGCUCAGAUAGUACUAAGCAGCGAAUCGUUUGACCUAGGAGGCGUGACCCGAGAUGCUGGUUUGAAUGCAUUUCUAGGCUUCGCGAAGUCAAACUCCGGGCAAGCCUGUGCUAAACCGGUGCUGGAAAGUCAGAAUCUAAAUGCAUUCGCGCGCAGCAUCAACGAGGAGUGGCUGGCUACUAAGGAAGUCGCAUUUGCGUGGAUAGAGGUUUUGCUUUCCUACAGCUCGCUUGCAACACAACAAGAGGGCCAAUCAGCUAAGCAGUCAAGCUACAUGGAGUUCAGAUGGGCCGAGGACCUAAAGCGGAAUUUGGUUCAAGUCAUCGUUAAUAUCGAUGACUACAUAUAUGAACGCAUGCUCGCCCGGGUCAGCAACCUCAACAGCCGGGUACUCAAGGCUUGCCAAAACUCUCAAAGCCACGAAUUGACUGAAUUCGACGCUUCCCAAAUUGAGAUUGUCGAGACUCUGUUUGAACUCCACUUGGACAUCUACUCUUUGAUCAAGCAUCCCCAUAGCCAAGUGGACGUCAAUACCCAGGUCCUUCAGAGUGACCGUCUCGAACGGUGGUCUGCUCUUGCACGAGAAGUCAUGCAGCUGCGGUCAUAUUCCGAAACGAGUCAGGGCAUGGACAAUCUCGCUCUUCGACAUGUUUGGGCUUCAGUCUUUCAGAUGAGCGUAAAUGACGACAUACUCCCAGAUCAUGUCAUUUCUGCCAUGGCAGAACUGAAAAGCAUGUUCCAGCCGUUGGAAGACCAUAUCAUCCAGGUUCAGAACAACGCGGUCAUGCCCGAACUAUCAGCUGCCGCCAUCGACCGCGAAUUGGUUCGCAUUAGCAUGAAAGAUUUCUUUGUGAAGGUCUUCGACCAAGACGAGAAGGAUCCAGUCACUGUCAUUGAGAGCCUGGAACCAAUCUUAGAGCAAGAUAACACGGCACAUCCAGAUACAGCCUGCGAGUCAGCCGUUCUUGAUCAAGACAAUGUCGACGCGCGUAAUUCACCAACUAUGGACGUCGGCGCAGACUCAUCGAUAGAAAUGCACCUCGACCGUCCAUCACCAAUUAUGGAGAUGCGCAAGUUUCUCGACGGAGCCAACGUCAAUGUGCGCCUCUCUCUUUGGUCCAGGCUGCGGAUGGCAUACGAAACAAUCGAAUAUCCUCCCAAGGUUGUUUCUUGCCUCUUACGGAGUAUCGAGACCCUUGUUGGGGAUUUCAGGUCAUCGCUCUUUCAAGAAUUGUCGGUGCAGGAACGUCAAGUCAAGAUUUUGACGCGGUACCGAGUCAUUGAUGACAUGGUUAUCAAGAUCCUCCGCAUCAUCAAAGACGAGAAGUCUGCGUUUGAAUGCCUUCCAUACGAGCAUGUGCAGUCAUCAAUGUCAGCUAUCGCAGAGUUGCUGUACAUGUUGUCCGCUGCAGACAUGUUUCGAGACCUUAUACGCAUCAGUCAUAUCCCGAUGCCUAGGAUUGAGACACUGCCAAGCCAAGCUUUUAUGAAUGUAUCCACUAGGCUCGACGAUAUACAUCUGCGACUCUGGAUGCUACAAUAUCAUCUCCUGAAAGAAGGACUGUCGCAGGACCCUGAAACCUUCCCGACUCCUUCCGAGGAUCUGUUCGAGUUUAUCCGUCAUGUCCAUUACGCCACUGGCAUACGCAGCUUCUGUCACCUCUCCGGCCGCCAAUUUCUGAGGCUCGCAAAGGAUGAAGUCCUCCGACUAAAUGACAUCAUAGAUGUUCAUAGUCACGAUACUGUGCUCUGCCAAAUUUUGCACGAUCUUUACGGACUGAAAUUGUUCACUGAGCCGUUGGAAUGCCAGGACUUCAUGACUACUCCGGAUGUGCUCGACAAGAAAACCGCCUUUGGUCUUUUACCAUUCGUUAUGUCACAAGCCGACAAGGUAGAUCUGAAGGACUUGCCAAAGACUGAGCUUAAGGGCGCAAUUGAAAAGGUCCACGCUGCCUUGGGUAGACCCAAACAGCACGAAGACAUCAGCUUCAACCGCAAGGUCAUAUCUACCUACUUCAAAUCACCGGUUAAUCCUGUCUCACUUUUCAGUUGUCUGAAAGGUGUCGGUUCACUCUCGACGAAGGAAAUACCUGCGAAUGAAGCUGUAGCUGCGUCAAAAGGUUGGUAUUAUUUGAUGGGUAACAUCGCUCUCAGCAAGUUCCGCUCCCAGAAGCGCAUGACACAAGGGCCAACCGAAGAUCUCAACUACGCUCAAGCCUUCUUUGUGCAGGAUCUUGAGUAUUCUAUCGAACGUUGGGAGACUUGGUACCGCCUCGCGCAAGCAAACGAUACACAGCUCGAAGAAGCCGUUUCCUGGAACGCAGACAAGAUGAACAGCAACAGCACCGAGCUAGUCAACUUCCAGCGUGCCGCAAUCAACUGCUACACUAUGGCUAUAGCCUGCGCUGUCCGUGACGCUGAUGCGGCGCCACAAACGCAGAGUAAGGUCGCUCAAAUGUACACAGAGUUUGGCAAUCGCAUAUAUGCCUCGUCCAGGGAGCCCUUUAGCAUGGAAGCGUUUCAGAUUCGGGAGAACGAGAAAAGGUUUUGCAACAUGCAAAAUCAGGCAGGCACAUAUAGAGAUGUCACGUUUGUCCCUCUACAAGCCUACACUGCUUGGAAGUUCGCUAGCACACUGUUCAAGCGAGCUAUCAAGGAGCAUCCGAAUAAGUGGUGGAAUCAUUACAUGCUUGGCAAGUGUGCAUGGAAAAUGUGGUCUGCUAAUGACAAUGCAAUGUACCAUGCUAUGUCACAGGGGGUUCCGCUACCACCUCACCGUGGGCCUACGUGGGAACAGGUCAUCGAUGCCUUCAUGAGCGCUAUCGAGACACUGCCCGGAAAGAAGGGACGUAGCGGCGAACCAGUCCUCGAACCUCAUUAUAAGCUCAUCUCCAUUACUCACAAACUCUUUCAGCGCAAAGCUAUUGACCACGAGAAAGGAAUGGAGAUCUUAGGACACACUUCUUAUGCGCAAAAUGUCACCAGACCGGUCAACCUAGACGACUGGCAGCGGUAUGUCCUUGCCGUUUUGAAAUCACUGCGUGCCGCAGACAAGUCAAGUUGGCACCACCGAAUCAUAGCCCGCUCGGCUCACGUUCUUUACAACGAUAGCAAAGACCCAAUGCUAGCCCACGGUGCCAAGCACGAAUUGACGCAGCAGAUAUUCACCAAGACAAUGGCUGUCCAAGUCUGGAAACCCGAAAACGAGCGCCCUGGUAGACAUUUCGUGUAUACAACGCGGUACACUAAGUUCUUCGUCGAGAUUCUCGAUCUCGUUGGAGACAAGGCGAACUUCGAAGCCUUGGCAAAGCGCGUACGGCGGAAGCAGACCGAUUUCUUUGAGCACCAGAAACUCUGGCAAGAGCUGUGUUCACGGUACCUGAAGCUACUGCGAAGGAUUGGCAAGGUCCCUGACGGCCAGGAAGAUUCUGCGUUCAAGUCUGUCAAUCAUGACGAGUUUAAUACCCUGGCCCUCCGAAUGGAAGCUUGGUGUCAGAACCCAGCUACACAACAUCCUGUGCUGGACGUCCUUCGCGAUGCCAUUGAACUUAAGCGCCUCAACAACGGACUGAUGAAAUCUCUUCCCAUUGAUGAUCUGAUUGGAGACACAUACGCCAUGCUGUAUGUCAUCAUCGGACCGACUCUACCGCCGUUGCCAUCAGAACUACAACAACAGCACACUCAACCAGCACAGCUAGGGCCGUUUGUGUCUGCACCGCCGCUCACAAGCUCCGUACCUAUCUCUUCCUUGAUGCAAGUGCAGGUCGAUGGUGGAGCUGAAGCAAGCACUGCUACGCCGUUCAACGUCUACCAUCCGAGCCAGCCCCAGUUUCAAAACCAGCCCCCACAGCCCCAGCUUCCACCACAACCAGAGCCUGUCAAGCCCAGAACUAAGACCGUUGGGCGUAGGGAGAUCGGACGCCGAGCCGAAGCCUGUGUUCAAAAGCCUGUUGGAACUGCCGCGCCUCACACCACCGCAAUGCCCAUUCGUUCUCCUCCCGUGUUGAACGCUACCCUCCCCUCCCUCACCAGUCGAACAUCAUCUCCAGAGAAGUCUAGCAAUUUAGCGCCCGGCCCAAAUGGCUUGACUGAACAACUCCAGACCGCAGUUGAUAAAAGUGAGACGGUUACUGCGGCUGCAAGUGUGAGUAACAGUAAUGAUGAACGCGAGCGCAGUGCGCCUGGCUCCGUGCAUGACGAUGCAGAUGACGAGAGUGAGCUCAGCGAGCUCGAUGAAGAGGAGGUGCAAGAGAUUGAACAAGAGGUCGAAGGAGCCCGCCGUUCAGCUUCCAUCGCUGCGAUCAAGCCACUGUUUCCCAACUUGAUCAUGGCUAACAGAAGUAGUCCAGAGAAGAAGAGCGAGGUUGGGGCUAGAGAUGGAGCGAGCAGAUCAAAAGGCGAAUUUGGUAGGGAAGGAGACGGAGAUGCGGAUGCGGAUACUAUACAUGCCCUUGUGUCUGGAUCUGCGCAGAGGGUAGAGCCAGAGGGGAGUGUUAACGUUGAUGAUGAGGAGCAAUGAGCUUUUUGUUGUGAAUUUACUCCUGGCCACUAUCACGAGGCCAUCUCACUGUUCAAAAGGAAGCACACGUAGUGCUUGGUUGUAGGCCUUGGAGUUUGUUCUAAUUGCCAUGUGUUCUUGUACCACCAUAGAUCUAGUAGACAUUCUAACCGGCGGCGGAUAUCGUUACAACGGCGCACCACGGCGAUAGUGUAUAUCGGAAAUUAGGUAAUGUUUCUUCUAGAUACCCUCCCUUUCUUUGGGGCUGUAUAACAGUACAAUGCAUGUUUUAUUGUACCAUGCCUCUCUUGAUUUCCGAAUUCUCAAGGGUAAUGCGCAGCAAGGGC